AUGGACGCCAAUGAUGGUGCACCGCCGUCGGAAUCCCAGGAUACACCAGUGCUCCGUGGUGAUAAAGAGCAACCGGUGCAGCAGACCGCAAAUGAGGUGCAAGCUCCGCGUGUAGAAGCAAUAGAAGAAACAAACGAAAACAUCCAGGCAGUGCAGUCGGGUGCUGUUGUGGAAGAGCCUUUGCAACAGGAGGAGAGAGAGGCUUCUGAGGGGGGCGAGGAAUUAAAGCCGAAUCUGGUUGGUGCAGAGGUGUCGUCGGAGCGCAAGCCCCGCGAAGAACUAGAAGUGAUUCCGGCUCCAGUCGCUACCAUACCGACGAGUAUUGAGGAAGAAGAGAUCAUGCAGCCACAGCAACCUUCCCAUGGGACUCAAGCGGAACUUGGGGAAGAUCAUCCUUCACCAACUUCUUCAGUACCCGCCCCUACUGCAUCUCCUGCGGCUGUUACUUCUGCAGCCGAGGUGUCCUCUAACGGCUAUAUUGUUUACGCACAGAAUGACGUGAUUGUUGACGCCACGGUGUACCCGACGGGGUUUCGGAUCUUGGUGAAAGCUCCAGGUUCCCCGGGUGGUAAAAUCGCCACGAGGUUCGUGUACGAGUCGGUCGCUUCAAAUCUCGGGACACAUCCAGAGGUGAUAAAAGUUUACUGUAAAGGCAAGCGCAUUCGCUUUGGGGAGACAAUAGACUAUGAGAUAGGCGAGUUACCAGCAAAAGGGCGUCUGUGGGUGGAUGUACACUUCAGUGAAGAUAAAAUGCCACCUCAUCUUCAGAAGCUCAGGAAGGACGACAAUGUCGUACGGUGCUUGCAGUUACGCUCACGGCCAGAUGACAUUUCUCCGGCUGACCUUGUUGCCGCCCGUAAACGCGGAUUAACCUUUGAUGAGGCCAUCAAUGAAUUCCGGCAGAGAAACAAGAGCAAAGACAUUGUUUCAGUGGUGCUUCUGCACGAACCAACCGGGACUCGCAUGCCCUUUCUGGGAGGUUAUCGCCUUAAGAAGGAUCCCUCGCGUGUCUUUCUUCACGCGUCAACACAGCUGAGAGCACCUGGAGAUACAAGUCUUGAGGAUCUGCAGUACGGCCCCCUUCCACGUGAUGGCGUUUCGCGGAGGACGCAAACAUAUGGUGUGUCACGGAGCUGCCAGACACUACGGGAGUGUAGCACACAGACAGCGCGGCCCGAUUACGAGGCGGAUGAUAAUUAUGAUGAAAUUGUCAUUGCAAGAAUGUACUUUUCUUCGGUGCAGUUGCUUGCGUUGCAAACAGAAAAGGUGAUAAUAAUGCAGAAGAUGUAUAGAAAAUGGAAGGCGCGCCAGGUAUACCGCGAGCUUUUUGCAGCACGACAGGCCUUCUUGGAAAGAGCUGCCGCACAGGCCGCAGCGGAAGAGGCUGAAAAGAAACUUCGCGAAGAGUUUGAACGCAGACGUCGUGCGACACCACGCACUGCCGAUGAUUUUUCUACGCUUCGCCGUGAGUUGGAGGCGUGGCGGGCGGCUGAGACAACGCGCAUCCUCACAGACAGAACACUUAGCGAGGUGGCAAAGCGUGCUGCGCUUACAGAACUCACAAAGAGGGAGCUGCAUCUUCUUCAGGAACUUGAAACACUUCGUCGUGGGGUUGUGCAAAACCGCCGCGCACGCCGUUUUGAGGAUAUUCUGUCUCUCAUGACAGCCCCCAAACAGUGUGGAAUAGUCUCUGUCACCACACGGGCUGCGGAGCGUGCGCGCGAAUUGCGGGAGUUAUAUGUGGCAUUGACGGAGACACCGUCCUCCGUUGAAGCCCGCCUUGACGUGCUGUUGCAUAUCAAGUGGACUGUGAAGGAAUUUGACUCGCCGUUAACAAAACAGAUAGUGGAACUUGUGGAUCGUGAGUCUGACUUGUUGCAACGUGGCCGUACAGCGUGUUCACUUAAAGGGCUACGUACGCGUCUAGAGCAUUUGUUUAAACGCUUCAUUGCCACGCCGGAGUACAACCCGGCCGUGGACGAAGUGGUCAAGGGCCCAACAUUUGGAGCAGAUGAGAAUGGCGAAGCGGCUUCCAUGGUAGCGGCACGAAGGCGCCUCAAGCCGUCUAACGCGGUAUAG